AUGAAUGACCCAGCCAGAGACUCAGAGCCCCCGGACGAGCCAUAUCUCAGAAGCGCUCCCAGCAUCCUCUCGCCAGCCUCUCCCAAGCCCUUGCAAUUUCCACAGCCGACCAACAUCCCCGUCUUGGAGAACAUGAUGGACGUAGGUUUUAACCAGACCGAGGCCCAUAUGGGCGACCCAGCCAUGCACAACACGGAUCUGAGGCCAGACGCAUGGCGCGAUCCCAACGAUCAGAACAACCAAAACAACCCGACGGACCACGCAUCGUCCUUUUCCACUGGAGGUGACAACAGCAACCCGACCAAGGGCGUGGAUGCAAACCAAACAGACGUCGCGGCACAUAGCAACGACACAGCUGCCACUCAGGCACAUGAUUCAGAACCAGUCUCGAUCUCAAACACCAUCUCCUAUCCAGCCGACUCUCAUCCUCCCACGGACGCCGCCCCCGAGCUCAUCUCAGCGGACGUGCCGCAGUACUCCUUCAACGCCAGCGCUGAACAUGCGCCCACCACCCAGUCCACCGUCGCCCAGUCGAAUGAGGUUAUCUUUGACCAGUCACAAUCAGCGCCACCCCAAGGUGCAGUUGACGUCCAGGCCCUCCUGGACACGUUGCAGACCUCCAUCGCGCCGACUGCAGAGGCCAAUGUCGCACCUUCUGCAGAAGGCCCGACCGUUGCUACCACCCAAUCUCCAUCUCAGUCUCAAAGCCAGCCGCCCAUCCCUGGCGCAGACGCUUCAUCCCCUCUGUCAGCGUCAGGUCUUGGUGCCCCGCCCAGUGGACUUCCAGCUCGCCCACCGCCCCAAGAGCAGCCACUCAUAAACCCAAACUAUGUCCAUUCGCAACACAUUCGCGAUUACCACCCUCACGCUGCGCACCCAGCAGUAUCCCACAAUCGUAGCAACAGCUCCGGGCAUGCUGUGGAUCCAAGCUCGGCUGGUUAUGUGUCUGGUGUCUCUACCCAGCAGCCUUCUUCUGCUGGAGCCCAAUCCUUCCAGAAUGGACAGUCUGCCGGUCAUCCAACCACGCAACAUCAAUACACCACCUCAGCAACGCCCAUCGAGAGUCGACGAGAGUUCAAACUUGCUGCUGGCGAGACCCCCACCACAGACGACCAGCCAUGGACACAGGAUAUCCAACGCAAGUACGACCACUUCAUGGAGGAGGAGAGGAGAUAUGUGAAUGAGGCGAAGUGGGAUCAGUUCCCCCCAGGCUCGCGCUUGUUUGUUGGCAACCUCUCGUCGGAAAAGGUUACGAAGCGCGACAUCUUCCACGUGUUCCACAAUUACGGCGAGCUUGCGCAAAUCUCCAUCAAGCAAGCGUACGGCUUCGUUCAGUUCCUUCGGGCAGAGGAUUGCCAGAGAGCGUUGCAAGCAGAGCAGGGCAGACAGAUUCGCGACAAGCGCAUACGUAUCAAGCCCCAAAAGCCGAGCAACCGCCAACAGCAACAGCAGCAGCAGCAGCAGCAGAGCAAUCGCCGUUCGCGGUCCCCCGACCAUCGCCGUAACAAGUCUGGAAGCAACGUGGAUCGCUACGUGGCAGAUAGAGGGGCGAACGGACGUGGAAGAGAAGGAUACAGACCAGGAUACCGCUCGCCAUCGCCUCGACGAUACCGAGACCGGUACGAUGACAGGUACCAUCGUAGGUCGAGAUCAAGAUCGCCUGGAUAUGGCAGGGAUAGAUACAGAGGUGCGAGUCCACGUCGCUCGCCGGAGGAUGAUCUACCACUUCCACGUCGUCAGCCGCGUGACGUGCCAGAUGUGCAAAUCAUCGCACUGGAUCAACUUGAUCGCGACUUUCUCUCUUGGGUCAAGAAGGCAUUUUCGGCACGUGGUGUCCGCACCGACAUUCUCUACCUAUCUGCACGCUUGAACGAGGAUUCGGUGGUGAGACGUCAGAUCGUGGAAGGUGUUCUGGCUGUGUCGAAGUUGAGAAGACACAACCAAGACUCGUCCAAGAUCAACCUCACCAUCUUCAAGCGCACUCGUGAUAGCCGCGACGUGCAGUUUGAGGAGUACGACGGCCAAGAUCCUGGUAUCUGUUGUGAGCUGGUGCUGAGGGAGAAAUCGAUGCAAGGCGGCCCUCCACCACAGCAGCAGUACGGUUAUGGUGGAACUCAAGCGCCUCCAGCUCAGUACGGCUAUCAGCAUGCCGCCGCACCGCCCCCUUUCGUGCCACCGACUGGCUAUCCUCCUGGUUAUGGUCAACCCCCCACACCAUACGGAGCACCGCAACCACCGCAGCCUCCGCCAGGUCGUCCACCACUUCCACCGAACGUAGACCCAAACAACCUGCAGAGCAUCCUCUCAACUCUGAACCAGGCUCCACCACAAACUCCUCAAAGCGCCACCAUGCCGUAUGGUACGCCUCAGCAAGUUGGCUACCCGCCUCAGCCUGGCCAGCAGCAGUACCCAGGUCAACAAGCAGAUCCAUAUGCGGCGAUGCGCAAUAACCCAGCUUUUGCAGGUGCAACUCAAGGUGCUCAGGCGCCACAGUCACAUGGUCAACCUCCGGCUGCCGCACCACCCGUCCCGCCGAACAUGCAGGACAUUCUCGCUCGGCUGGGUACGUAUGGUGGACAGAGAUAG